AUGUCAAAAGUUGCAGCACUUGGUUGGGGUACAUUAGUUUACUUAGGCGUUGGUUUAUUAUUAGCAAUUUACCCACCAUUUGUUACAGAUAAACCAUUAGGUCGUGUUUGCUUCAUUACUGCCGCAGUUUGUUUAUGGCUUUUGUAUGUAUAA